CAGCCCUGCCCGUCCAUCCAAAAAUGUCUCUCAGCCAGAACCUUGCUUACCAGCCUCAGGUGCUGAAAUUCGGCACCAGCGGUCGUCGCGGUGAAGUCAUCCACCUGACGCAGCUGGAGAUCUACAUCAAUGUCUUGGCCGAGAUCCGCUACCUGCAGUCCCUCCCGCUGUCUGACGGUGGCAUCCAGAAGGGCGACGAUUUUUACUAUGCCCACGAUCUUCGCCCCAGCUCCACUCAGUACGUCGAGAGCCACCGAGGAGGUCUGUCGCAGGCCGUCGAACAGGCCCUGAAAGAUGGUGGCAUGCGCGCCAUCAAUCUGGGUGCGAUCCCCACGCCCGCCCUCACCUACUACGCUCUCCAGCACGGCAAAGGCAGCAUCAUGGUCACCGGAAGCCACAUCCCCUUCGAUCGCAAUGGAUACAAAUUGAACACCUCGAAAGGUGAGCUGUUGAAGGAGAACGAGAAGCCGAUCAACGAGGCCGUCGAGCGCAUGCGUGCCGACAUCAUGUCGCAGCCAUUCUCCGAGUCGCUCUUCGACGCCGAUGGCAUGCUUCGCCAUGCCCCAUCUGACCUGGUUCCCGCGAUCGCCGACGGAAAGACCGCCUAUAUCAAGCGCUACCAGGACUUUUUCAAGGGACAAACACUGAAGGGAAAGAAGAUCUUGGUCUACCAACAUUCCGCCGUCGGUCGGGAUCUCGUCGUUGAAAUUCUGGAACAAUUUGGCGCCCAAGUCAUUCCGGCCGGCCGUAGUGACACCUUCGUGCCCAUUGAUACCGAAGCCAUCGACCAGGCUCAGCUCAACACAAUCCAGGGCUUCUACGGGGAGACUGGUGACACCUUCGAUGCCGUCGUUUCUACGGACGGCGAUAGCGACCGUCCGCUUCUCCUUGCGCCCGAGGGCGAGCAGCUUCGUUUCUUCGGCGGUGACCUUCUGGGCAUGAUCGUGGCGGAAUACCUGGGUGCCGACGCCGUGGUUGUCCCGAUCAGCAGCAACGAUGCCAUCGACCGAGGUCCUCUCGCCUCGGCCACUGAGCCCCGCACGAAGAUCGGCAGUCCGUAUGUGAUUGCUGGUAUGCAGACCGCCGUCGCCAAGGGCCACAGCCGCGUGUGUGGGUGGGAAGCCAACGGCGGCUUCCUCACGGGCUCCGACAUUGAACGCGACGGAAACCCGCUGCCGGCCCUUCCCACGCGUGACGCAGUUUUGCCUCUUCUCUGCGUCCUGUUCGCAGCCCACACUCGUCAGAUCACCGUGCCUCAGCUCUUUGGCACGCUCCCGGCCCGGUUCAGCAAGGCCGCCUUGAUUCGGAACUUCCCGCGACCCACCAGUCUGAAGAUCGUCCAGCGGUUUUCCCCACAAGACGCCGCCAUGCAAGAGGUCGUCUUUAACCCGGAGAACAUCAGUGCGCAGGAUGGCGGUCGGGCUCCUUUGACUGUGACCGAGUCGCAGGCUCAGCACCUAGAUCAAGUGCGCCGAGAACUGCAGACCGUGUUCUCCGCCGACGCCGGAUUUGCGCCCAUUGCUCGCCUAAACUACACCGAUGGCGUGCGAAUCAUCUUCGCCAGCGGCGACGUGGCCCAUGUCCGACCUUCGGGCAAUGCUGACGAACUUCGCAUCUAUGCGGUCGCCGAUUCCCAGGCUCGUGCCGACGCCAUCACUAUCCAGGGUGUCACUGAACCCAACGGCCUUCUUCGCCAGCUGGAACAAUUGGUCUAAUUUUCUAGUCACCGUUGACGGCAGCUACAGCUGUGUUUUUCGCAAAUUGGAGGUGUGAUACGAAAUCUUUACACUUUCAGGGAAAGCCCAUGGCCAUCCACGCGCCGAGAGUAGUAGACUCCUGGCAGCAGCAGAACCCUUGGAAGACUCGAUAUUCCAUUCUUUCCCGUCUUCAAUACCAGUUCAUAGCGAAUGAUCGAGUCAGGAUUUCGAAAAUAGUUAGAGCAAAUAAUAAUACUAGAUUUUAAUGACCGCAUCGGUG